CGCCUCGGCGCGCAGCCCGGCGGGCCGGAGGGCGUGGCCGCAAUGGCGGAGUACAAUUAGAUACACGCUGGCUAAAAGUUUUUCUUGAUUUCGAUAUUUCUAAGAUUUCACAUCUGUUGCUUUCUCAGCGGCCAGUUUUGUCAUACUUAUGCAGGUGCUGCUUCUUGCUACAUGAAUUCCAUGGCAAAAUAAAUGAUUUUCAAACCACCAAACUCUGACGUGACUCUCACAGCGCCCUGGACGAAAUGAUCUCCAUGUCGUUCGACCACUUCCAGGAGGAGGACGGUGAUAGUAAUUCGUUGCAGCUCGGAAAGCAAAGGCCGGCGAAGACCCGCGAGCAGAUGCUGAAAGAGGCCCAGAGUCUGCAGCAGUCCGCUGUUAACAUCGAGAGGGAGACCGAGUUUUGGCGCAAGGGCAAGGCAGACACGUCGAAGCACCGACUGCCGCCGUCGAUUCUGGAGGACAUGCGGAGGGUGGUGGCGGAAAACCUGGACACGCGGAAUGUGGUAUGCUAUUUAAAAGCGUUCCCACCCCAUAGUUGUCAUGCAGAUUUGCAUCGACAGAAAAAUCUGUAAUGCACAUCCGCAAGAGAGGAAUUUGUAGUCGCGUUUUGGGAUUUGUAAUGCUGUAAACAGGAUGAGCAGGCGUCUUUGUGAUGCGGCUGUCCUUACUAAACAGCACUACACUACAGAUGGAAACUUGGCAUGCAGAACUCCCAAAACUUGGAGAUUUGUGUUGCAGAUUUACCAACUUGACUACGGGGUGGGGAUGUUUUUCCUCAGGAUAUGUGGACAUGGAGGCGCUGGUCGGGGCGGAGUCCGCGGAGGGGGAAUUUUCCCUGCACCUGCUCGAGCAGUUUUGCCUCGACCACCAGCAGCUCACUGCGGAGAUGGACCACGCGCAAAAGGUGCGGGAGGAGGGAAUCCGCCGGUGGGAGGAGACGUUCGACUCGAAAAAGAGGUGGAACGCAAGAAGAAGCAUCCUCGGAAGCCCGGGACCGGGGGGAGCUGCUGGGUCGGGUGGUCAGCAAGGGUCCUCGCCGCCCGGGGCGGGGAGUGCGGGGUCGUAGAUGUAUGAACAAGCGCGAUUCAACAUCUUCCCGCGGGUACUAUCCUGUGUCUGAGAUUUGUAAGCAGUGUGGGUGGUGCUUUACUCUUGUCAAUAGAGGGCCGGCUCUUCGAGGUACUAUAGAGGUCACGAGAACUACGUGCUCCAAAGCUGGAUUUCAGGAGAUUCGGAAACAAACAGCAGACUAGCAAAAAAUGUAAAGCGAAAGAGUUCACGACUUACUGAACGGUUUGCAAGACGAGCCGUGGUUUGCGAGAAAGAACGAAAUAAACAAGCAAAAAUCAGCAGUAGAAUACUAGAGUUUUUACCCUUACAUCGUAUGAAAAUCAAGUAGGAGUCUGUCUCAGAGGGAAACAAAGAUUUUCCGUCGCGAGCGGACCUACUGCGAAUCGCAAUUAUCAAGUUAAACAGUUCAUUACAUCAUAGGAGCGAGCAACUGGCUCGGCCGAAACCGAAGUAUUAUAAUCAAGUUCUUCUUGCGCGAAAAUUUUAUAAACAGACUCGUUACAAGAUGCAUAUCGAAAAGAAACCCACUGGAGGGAUCCAAGCACAAACGUCGUGGCAUUACCCGUAAAAAUGGACUUAGUAGAAUUUUAUCGAGCGAAACCGCAUCAGCAGUUGUUAUCAAGUUACUAUAGCAGACCCGUAAUAUUGAAAAGAGUUGAGUUUUUACCUUUGUAGCCAAUCAGAGUAGACUCGUCGUAAUUGGUGAGUACUAGACCUGUUGUAAUGUCAUUAUCGCAACAAAACGAAGCAGGAGAAGCUGCUGGACGAUGAUUUCCCGUUCUUGACGUUUUCAGUUUUCUUUGCGUAGUGAAGCUACUACGUAAGCGAGGCGAAUGGAAGGAAGUAAGCAGAAGAAAGAGAUUUAGAAGAAGAAGGGAU